CUAUUUUUGUGAGUUGAUUUUUUAAUGAACGUUAAAAUCAUACAUUUAUUGACUUUCACAAAGAAAUUUAGUCUUCAAUCAGUUAUUUAUAAUUUCCACAGAAAACAGGAUACUGUAAGGUUCUUCAUUACUUCAUCUAAUUCUAACAUAAAAGUCAAUUAUUAUCCUAACUUAUUAAAAUGCUGCCGAACCUAUUUGAAUAUUCAAACAAACGCUCUAUAUUCAUUGGCAUCUAAAGGUAUAGAUCCAAACCUUCCAGAAUAUGAAAUAAACAAUAUUUUAGAGAGGCCAAAACCUUUUCCAUACCAAACACAUUCAUAUAAUUCAUUUUGGUCAAUAUUUGAUGGCACAUUGAAACGAUGGGAUGAAAAUUCAAAAUUAAUUGUUGUAGAUGGCAAUAUAGGAUCAGGGAAGUCAGAAUUUGCACACAAUUUGGCUAAGGCAAUGGGAAUGAAAUUUUACAAAAAGGUAAGCCUAGAUAUGUUGUACAUAGAUGAAUACGGAUUUGACCAACGAGUUCUCAACACCUUCCUCCUAACUCCUCGUAAAAAUUCGAUUUUCACGCCCCUGCCAGGCCAAUCUUACCCCGACUUUAGAGAUGUAGCCGCUCUCGAUUUACCUGAUUUUUAUGCCGACCCAGGCCAUAAACCUUCUUCUGCCAAGCUCAGAUUCAAAAUUAUGUUUCUGAAGUGUAUGCAAUACCUGGACGCUUUGGAGCAUCUUUAUAAUACGGGACAAGGAUGCGUCAUAGAUAGUUCCUUUUUUUCUGAUUUCGUUGAAUUAGAAGCCAUGUUUCAAAGGGAUUACCUUUCUAUCGACGCUCGGAAUCACAUGUUUCAUGAAAGGGGAGAAUUGUUAAUGAACCCUGUAAAAUUGAACUAUCCUCACCUGGUCAUUUACUUGGAUGUUUCGCCCGAGAUUUGUCUGGAAAGAAUAAAAACGCGGAAUAUUCCAUACGAAGUUAAUAGCUCAGUCUUCAAAAACACCGAUUAUUUGAAGGCCAUGGACGAAGCCUUCAAAAAGUUCUAUUUCGCGGAUAUGGAGCAAUAUAGCGAAGUCGUGGUUUACGAUUGGUCGAAAUUUGGUGCUAUUGAUUGGGUUAUGGAUGAUAUUUCUAAGUUAGAUCUUGAAUUCCAUCUGGAAAAUGUAUAUAGAAUGAAAGAUUGGUAUUAUCACAACGAUAACACUCUUGGAAGGAAGCGCAAAAUUUUGGCCGACCGAGACGGUUAUUACAGUUUUUUCCAUCCCUUUGUGCCUAGUGUUGGUGAAUUUAACGCGGAUCCAAAUCACCUGAUCGUUAUGGAUGCCCUUAUGCAAAAGUGUCCCGCUAAAUACAGCACAGGGUUCAAUAAAGAUUUAGGAGACCGAAAUCUUUUAUUCAAAAUCACCACUGACCCUCUCAAAUAUCUUAACGAUAAACUACCCGCAUACUUGGCUAAAAGAGAUGAGAUUAACAAUAUAUUGGACGAUCCGGAGAAUCAACUUCUCAUCAAGGGAAAAGUUGAGAAAUUAGCUGAACAAACUUUCAAUGAGACUUUAGAUCACUUUUAAACAAUUUUUUUAGAGUUUUAUAUUGAAAUAAAAUUU